AAGCGCCUCUUGUCAGCCACACAUCAGAGAUACGGUUCUCUCCUUCUUGGCCUCAAUUUUACAGGCCAAAAAAAGAGGAAAAGAAAGGAGAACAGAAAUGGCAGCUACAACACUGUUUUCCAGCCCAAUUUCACACCAUAAUCAGUACCCAAUUUCUAUCCAACAAUUUUCCUCUUUUGGUUCUAACAACAACAAUAAAUUAUUAUUAUUGCAACCAGUGACUGCGAGAUCUUCGCUCAUCCUAAUCCGAGCUUCCUCUUCUUCACCUUCCACUGUCGAUAAACAAGAAAAAGAUGACGAUGAUGAGCAACAAGAAAGCAGCUCAUCUGACACCUUUACUCAACCAAUCAAUUCAAUCCCUUUGGGGGGUUGCAAGUCAUGUGGGAAAGCAGAGAUAGAAAGAGGGUGCAAUGGUGAAGGAAGGAUUCAAGGUGGGAUUGCGACAGUACCCGGUUUUGGUUGGUGGCCUAUUAAAGCUUACAGGCCUUGCCCUGGUUUCAUCGCCACUGGUGGUCGUUACCGGCGCCAAGGUCAGAGCAUGGACGAGGUUGCUGGCUUUGGAACUGUCCCAAGGACUUCACCCACCACCACCACCUCUGUUUCCGCCACGGCUACUGGAGAGACCGAGUCAAGCGAGAAGAAGCAAGGACCUAGGAAAUUUAAGAGAUAAAGAAAAGGUUACAAGAAGCUGAUCUCGAUGGCCCCGAAUUAUAAUUGUUUUUGAGUAGAUACAGAAGCUCCCAAUGAAUUCUAUAUGAAAAUACUGAAGGGGGUUCAACAUUGAUUAGUCUUGAUAUUUGAUACCGUUUACGAUUUUGCCAAAUACUUUGUAUAAAGAAUUUGUUAUAUUAUUAUCAAUUACAGCACUUGUAUGCGCA